AUGAACCGUGGUCAAGACAUAAUCAAGCCGCUACUUUACUCAUUCAUCCCUCAGAAUAGAAGCGGCGAGCCGAGACCGACUUUGGUAGGCCGCGGCCGAUUUUCCCUGCAGCGUUGGAAGAAGGAGGAGUCUGUCCGUAGUGCUAUUAUUCAGCUCCGACAGGCAAAGAAUUCUAUAUCUGGACUAGACACAGGAUUCGCUCCCGCUCUAGAAGCACUUUGGUCGAGUCCAGCCCUCAGCCACCCGUACCGCCUCGCCGCUUGA